UUCGGCCAUAUUGCUAUGCUUAAUGGGAAAGUAGUCUCAAAAGUAUCUUUUUUCGACAGAAGCAAUGAUGAACCUUCCAUAAUACACUUCCCAAAACAUUUUGACAAUUAAGUUCUAUAUAGAAAAACAACAUUGAUCUUGAAAUCAUUUCUAAACAAACGCAAACCAACAAAUUUUAGUGGGUGUGUAGACGAACUCCUGCGGCUGAGUACCGCUAGGCUCAAGUUUCAGGAUAACAUUUGAGUAUCCUACUAACUUUACAACUGCAAAAUGAGCGGUGCAUCUGGAAGGAGAAGGUCAGCAACACAACAAUUUUCAGCUGAGGACCAAGCUUUAAAUCAGAUAUCGAAAGAAGCUGAAGCACGACUUGCAGCUAGGAGAGCAGCAAGAGCUGAAGCUCGUGAAAUAAGAACGAAAGAAAUAGAAAGACAACAACGAGAGGAAGAAGAACGUCAAAAAGCUGCUCAAGAUGAUGAAUCCCGGUCACGUAUUGAACACAGAAGAGGGAGUGAAGAAUCUACUUCAACUAUUGAUGACCUUGACCUGUCCCAAAAUGCUAAAGAUUUCACAAGGGAACUCAAGUCAAAGUUACGAGAAAUGGAAGAGAAAUUUAAAAAAGCUAUGAUGACAAAUGCUCAACUUGAUAAUGAAAAACAUUCACUGGUGUAUCAAGUAGAACUUCUGAAAGAUCAAAUGGAAGAACAAGAGGAAUCUCUGACAGACUUACAGAGGCAAUAUAAAGAUAAAUCACGGGAAUUAGAAAACCAGAAAAGAUCUUAUACAGAAUUAAAUACAAAUUUCUCUUGUGUAAAAGAACAAUUAGAACUGAGAGACAAGCUAGUAAAGGAAAGUGGUUUUGCCCUUGUAACAAGUGAAGAGGGAGAAUUUUCUAUAGAAAAAUGUCCCACAUUAAAUGGUACAGUAACAUCGACGACGGGAAGUUUAUUAAUAUCUUCUGAAACAGCUGAUAUCCUUGAUAAGAUAGAAGGCUCGUUAGAUGACAAAAUAAAGAAAUUAUCAGAAGAAAUUUCAAAUUUAAAAAAGGAUCUUCAGAGUUCUCAAGACGAAUUACAUGAAGAAAAAUCGAAACGAUAUAAAAGUAAAGAAGUUCCUGAAGUGAAUGGACCAGAAAUGCAAUUAUAUGAAGUACAAAGAGAGGCCAGUAAACAGAUUCAUGAAUAUAAAUUAAAAUUACAGAAAGCUGAACAAGAUAUGACAAAUUUAGAAGGAACUGUAAAUAGAUUAGAUUCUCAAGUUAAAAGAUAUAAAACUGAGGCUGAAGAUUAUGAAAAACUGGAAGAUGAAUUAAAAACAGAACGAAGAAAACUGCAAAGAGAGUUGCGAGAAUGUCAAAAUCGUGUAGAGGAGUUAACAAAUUCAAAUAGACAUUUACAAAACAGACUAGAUAGAAAAGUUGCGGCAAGAAGUGCGUUAGUGAACCAAUGACAGCAUCUGUUAUCAUUGCUGUACCUCCAAAAGUCAGCCACACAGCCAGUGAUGUCAGACGAGGAUGGGUCCAAGUUAUAUUUGGAUCAGUCCAUUGUUUUUUAUAGAGACGCUGAUGCUUUUAAAGCCUUGUAUAUUUAAUUUUUAAAACUUUUAAAUGAUUCUCCUGUGAUCCAUAAUAUUUUUUGUCUCAGUAUGAAUUUUAUAAAUUCAUGUUUAUUUUGUUCCUUCUUAUCAAACAUUGGAUUUCCAUUUUGUGAAAUAAAAAUAACAAUUGGUGCAAAUGAGAUAAUCUUGGCAUUGAAUGUCUUGAAAUAUAUAUGGCCAUGAUUUUUACAAGAUCAUAUUAUUAUAAUACAUUCUCUGAUGUCCUUAUAAGAUUUAUAUACACUGUAUACUUACUGAAAUAACUAUUUACUUUGCUUUCUUAGCUAUUUUAAUAUCAUUGUAAUUUCUAUAGAAUGGGUUUCAUUUUUAUUCAUUGGAGGAGUUGCAUAUUAUUAGAAAAAAAAUAAGAAAAAUGAUAUUUCAUAAUCUCAGUUAACAGUUGAAGUUAGUACACUACCGGUAUUUGUAAGUUUGCAAUACUGCCUUCACUUGCCACACAACAUUUAUUGAAUGAAAAACUUCCAUGGGAUGAUAAUUUAUAAUUUUUCAACAAGAUUUUUGAUAGAUUCGAUUUUAAACGAUUCAUUUAAAUAUAUGUUAAACGCUUCAGAAAGGGUAGAAUCAAUCUCAUCUUUCACAAUAUAGAAAUAUGUACUUUUUGUUUUUUUUUAAAGGAAGACAAAAGCAUUUUGGUGAAAACUGAGGUAAAACCCAUUGAAUGCACACAUAUGGAUUUUUUGAAGUGUAGAAAAUAUGUUGAAAAUCAUUUGAUGUAGUUUUGUAGAAAAACAAACGGUUUUUGAUGUGUUAAUGGCCUUAUUAUUUAGACAUAUCAUAGUGUGUUAAUGCUCAGAAAUUAGUGUGAUAGUGUGUUACUGCUGGACCAAAGACUGUUGUUGUAUAAUGGCAUAUGAAUUAAGUGUUCAAUUAUUAAGAGAAAUUACUUAUGGGUGGAUAAAUUAAAGGUAAAAGUUUAAUAGUAAUAUUCCCUUUAUCAAUUAAUUAAGAUUUUCAAUAGCCUCCUUUAGUAAUAAGGACAAAAGAGAGAUAAACUAAGUAUAUAAUUAAAUUUCUUAUAAUAUGGGUACUUUUCAUUAAUUUUAAGGCAAAAUACUGUCAUUCAUUUUCAAGGGUUUUUAUACGACAGCAAACAAAUUUUGCGGUCGUAUAUUGGUAUGACGUUGUCGUCGUCCUCGUCUUCAUCCGAAGACACAUUGGUUUUCGCACUCUAACUUUAGUUUAAGUGAAUGGAUCUCUUAUUUUCAAUUUUUAUCAAAUUUUAAUAUAUUUUCUAUCAUUACCGGUUGUGUAUAAUCAGCAUUUAUGAAUGUCUGUGCAUCCUUUAUGGCCACAGGAGUUCAGGAAAAAAAGUUUUUCUUCACUUGAUGAAACUAUGGUCAGUUUCAAGUCUUAUAAUGGUUAUUUGGGAUAUUUCUAUUGGAAACAAUUAUUUCCUUUAUUUCUAAUAAAGGGUUGAAAAUUAUUGAUAAAUGAUUUUAGAACACUUCAUAAGCAUAAAAAUCAGCAAAAAUUACAAAAAAAAAUAAAAAAUAAAAGGUUGUAUUUGAUAUUACAUUGUGUAAUUGGAAAUUGAAAAACAAUGUGUAAAUUACAAACAAAUUUAGUGCCAGUGAAGGGAGAUCCUGUAUUUAUAGAUAUUACAUAGGAAUGCUACUUUUAACUACAGUGCAGUGAUUUUGUUCGUAAAACACUGUUUUUAAUUAUACGACACUUAAAUAUUUGAACAGCUUUAAGCUGGAAGAAAAAACCGACACCUGUCUGAAACACGAAAUCUGAAUAAAUAAGUGAUUGGAUUUUUGACUUUAUACAUCGUUAGGCAUAUUCAAAUAAGAUUUUUCAAUGCUAUGAGAAGAAAGAAGAAGUUGUA